AUGGCUCUGAAGGUUGCUCUAAUAAUUUUGUUUUUGUGGUGUCUAUCACAAAAAUGGAACGCAGUCAUAGCCAGAAGACUAUCAGCAGAAGAGGAUUUAGAAUUGGAGGAGCAGCUUAAACAUCUUACUAAGCCAGCAGUGGAAACCAUUCUCACAACAUAUGGAGAUAGGACGACAACAUAUGGAGAUACAUAUGAUUGUGUGGAUUUCUACAAACAACCUGCUUUUGAUCAUCCUUUACUCAAGAAUCACUCCUAUCAUUUUCAGAUGAAACCUACUUCCUAUCCAACAAGAAGGAGGCAAAGCAAUUCUUCGUCAGUCUUGAAACCUAAAUUAGACAUAUGGCAAAACGGUAAAGGUUGUCCAACUGGUACAGUUCCAAUCAAGAGAGUUACUAAAGACGAUCUCAUCAGAGCCAAAUUAGCUGCAGAAAGACGAUCUCAUCAGAGCCAAAUUAGCUGUGGUCGUUUGUCAAAUGGGAAGUACUAUGGAGCUGGAAUGAGUAGUAGCUUGUAUAAUCCGAAAUUGGUUGAUAUUAAAUCCCAGUACAGUUCAAGUCAUAAAAUCCAAAAUGGUCCUGAUAGUCUUAUAUUUGGGUGGACCGUCAAUCCUAUAGUGUAUAGAGAUACUCGUACUCGCCUAUUUUUAUACACAAAUGCUGGAAACAGUCACUGCUUCAAUACUUUUUGCAGUGGAUUUAUACUUAAUAGACCAGACAUACCUCUUGAUUUUGCUUUCCCUAGACUAUCUGCAAUAGGUGGACCAACAGUUGGCGAACACUUCUUUGUUUACAAAGAUGCAGCUAAUGGAGAUUGGAUUUUUCAAAUUGAAUUCGGAUCAGAGUUCAGUACCCAAGUUGGAUGGUGGCCGCAAAAAAUUUUCACAGGAUUGGCAAAUUCAGCUACAUACAUAGAAUGGGGUGGAGAAGUAUAUAGUCCUCCAAAUAUUCCGAGUCCUCAAAUGGGCUCUGGUAAUAUUCCAGGUGAGCAUAUGAACUCACUAUAUAAUUCAUUUUGUGCAGAAAUGGUAAUUGUUGAUGAACAUCAUCAAACUGUCAACGCUCCAAAAGUUGAGACAUAUACAGAUACUCCGAUUAUAUAUUAUCGAGCUUAUGACUCGGGAUACGCUAGAUCGGAUUUCAAACAUGUAAUGUGGUUUGGUGGUCCAGGAGGUUAUAAGGGAAAUUGAUCUCCA